CCCUCCUAUCUACCAAAUCUCUCUCCCUUGUACUGGCAGAUUCUCUCUCUCUCUCUCUCUCUCUCUCUCUCUCUGAAUCAGAAAACAACAAAAAAUGCUCACUUUGAAUCUCACCACCACCCCUUUCUCCCCUGCCACUUCCUCCAACUCCAAAUCCAACCACCAAUCCCCCACAAUCCCCUCUUCCCUCCUCAAUCCAAUCCGUCUCCGCCACGCAAUCCAACACCGAAAACCAUUUCCAAAACUCUCCACCACCACCACCGCCACCAUCAAUGGCUUCUCCCCCAUUUUCCGGACCCCCCAACACCACUCCCGCCUCCUCCUCACCGCUUUCUCCAAAAACCCAUCUGCGUCCUCUGCCGAAGGCGAAGAAUCCCAAUCUCAAUCCAACGACAGCACCAAAAAGAGACGCCAGCUGGCCGUCGUUUUCGGCCUCUGGUACUUCCAGAACAUCGUCUUCAACAUCUACAACAAAAAGGCUCUUAACGUCUUCCCUUUCCCGUGGCUCCUCGCCUCCUUCCAGCUCUUCGUGGGCUCCAUCUGGAUGUUGCUCCUCUGGUCCUUGAAGCUCCAACCCCGCCCCAAAAUCUCCAAACCUUUCAUUUUAGCCCUCCUCGGACCCGCAUUGUUCCACACCAUUGGCCACAUCUCCGCCUGCGUUUCCUUCUCCAAAGUCGCCGUCUCCUUCACUCACGUUAUCAAAUCUUCCGAGCCCGUUUUCUCCGUCGUCUUUUCUUCGUUUCUCGGCGACAAAUAUCCCCUCAGUGUCUGGCUCUCCAUCCUCCCCAUUGUCCUCGGUUGUUCUUUGGCCGCCGUCACCGAAGUUUCCUUCAACUUGCAAGGCUUGUGGGGCGCUUUGAUAAGCAAUGUUGGGUUUGUUUUGAGAAACAUUUACUCCAAGAAAAGUCUUCAGAGCUUUAAGGAAGUAAAUGGGCUGAAUUUAUAUGGUUGGAUAAGUAUAAUCUCGCUGAUUUAUUUGUUCCCCGUUGCGGUUUUCGUUGAAGGGUCGCAAUGGAUUCAAGGAUAUCAUAAUGCGGUACAAGCUGUGGGGAAACCAACUACUUUUUACAUUUGGGUUUUGUUGUCUGGUGUUUUUUAUCAUCUCUACAACCAGUCGUCUUACCAAGCGCUUGAUGAGAUUAGUCCUUUGACGUUCUCGGUUGGGAACACUAUGAAGAGAGUGGUGGUUAUUGUGUCCACUAUUUUGGUGUUCAGAAACCCGGUUAGGCCGCUCAAUGCGCUCGGAUCAGCCAUUGCGAUACUCGGGACUUUCUUGUACUCGCAGGCGAAUUCGGCUUCGAAGAAGAAGAAGGAGGGAGGUGAAAUUGAAGAGGAGAAGAAGAGCUAAAAAG